AAACACACUGCUUUGCCAUUUUGUUUCUCCGUCUUCCCCCGAGCCCCAAACAGGACCGCGUCAGACCACCAACCGGACAACCAGCUACAGUCCCACGCGCACGCUCCGAUCCGGCCUCCCGCCUCGACCCCGAUGAGCACCGCCUCCGCCGACGUCGGGGACGCCGGCGAUGGCGCCUCCUCCGCCGCCGCAGCGCCCGCUGGCAGGCGGAUCCCGCCGGCCUCGUCCAUGCCGUGGGUCCGCAACCUCCGCCGCUUCGUCGGCACGGGCGCCGGCCUCGGAUCCGAGGCCCUUAUGGAAUUGGAAACGAAAAGGAUAUUGCUUGAGAUUUUUAAGGAGCGGCAGCGAAAGAGCGCUGAAGCUGGUUCCAUCCCAAGUUUUUACAAGAAGAAACCUGAAGAUGGAUCUAUUAGCAAUAGAGUCCAGAGGUUGGCCAAGUACAGAUUUCUAAAGAAACAAUCAGAACUUCUACUUAAUGCUGAUGAUCUCGAUGCCAUGUGGGUUUGUCUCAGAGAAAAUUGUGUUAUUGACGAUGCUACUGGUGCUGAAAAGAUGAAUUAUGAAGAUUUCUGCCAUAUUGCCACAGUGUGCACAGAGCAAAUUGGCCAGAAAUGCAAACGCUUCUUUAGCCCUUCGAACUUUAUGAAGUUCGAGAAGGAUGAUUCUGGGAGAAUUGCAAUCUUACCAUUCUAUCUUUAUGUUAUGCGAACAGUUUCUCUUACUCAAGCAAGAAUUGAUAUGAGUGAACUUGAUGAGGAUUCUGAUGGUUUCCUUCAACCUCAUGAAAUGGAAGCAUACAUCAGAGGACUUAUUCCCAAUUUGGCACAAUUGCGUGACAUGCCAUCAGCCUUUGUUCAAAUGUACUGCCGCAUAGCUGCACGGAAGUUCUUUUUCUUCUGUGAUCCACACAGACGAGGGAAAGCAUGCAUAAAGAAAGUAUUGUUGAGCAAUUGUCUUCAAGAGCUAAUGGAAUUGCAUCAGGAGAGUGAGGAAGAGGUAACUGAUACCGAGCAGGCUGAAAAUUGGUUUUCUUUGACUUCAGCUCAGCGCAUAUGUGAUAUGUUCCUUGCACUAGACAAAGAUACAAAUGGCACACUGAGCAAACAAGAGCUGAAGGAAUAUGCUGAUGGCACACUAACAGAGAUCUUCGUCGAAAGAGUUUUUGAUGAACAUGUACGCCGGAGCAAAGUUGGAGGUGGCAACAGUCGUGAGAUGGAUUUUGAGAGUUUUCUCGACUUUGUUUUGGCCCUAGAGAACAAAGACACCCCUGAAGGGCUGACAUACUUAUUUAGAUGCCUUGAUCUCAAUGGAAGGGGAUUCCUGACAACUGCUGAUAUUCAUACUCUAUUUAGAGAUGUGCACCAGAAGUGGAUCGAGGGGGGGAACUACGAGCUUUGCAUUGAAGACGUAAGGGAUGAAAUCUGGGACAUGGUGAAACCAGCUGACCCUCUCAGGAUCGCACUCGCGGAUCUCCUUUCCUGCAAGCAAGGCGGGACUAUUGCCAGCAUGCUUAUAGACGUCCGCGGCUUCUGGGCCCACGACAACAGAGAGAACCUCCUCCAGGAAGAGGAGGAGCAAGUAGAAGAGGCUUGAGUGCCAGGCAACAAACUAUGGUGCUCCGAUGUCUCAACACUGGUGCAGACAGCAUGUGCUUCCUGCCUUCGUUAUUGUAGCUUAGGUAGUUGUAUUAGGUCUGUUGUAUAACUUGUGUAAGUGUGCCAUUUGUGUGAGUGGGUUAAAUCCGAGUGAUUACGAGUUUGUAAGUGUGGCGUGGUUGUGCAGGCUAACUGUGUAUCAUUCUCAGAGCUUGUUUGAACGGUGAAAGCCUCAGGUAUGUGAAGUAUUUACUUGAACGCUCUGGCAAAUUA